GUGAGCGCCGUGGGCUAUGGGAUGGAUGAGGUGGAGCAGGACCAGCAUGAGGCCCGACUCAAGGAGCUGUUUGACAGUUUUGACACCACAGGCACCGGUUCCUUGGGACAGGAGGAGCUCACCGACCUGUGCCACAUGCUGAGCUUGGAAGAGGUGGCCCCUGUGUUGCAGCAAACGCUGCUUCAGGACAAUCUCCUGGGCAGGGUGCAUUUUGACCAAUUUAAAGAAGCAUUAAUACUUAUCUUAUCUAGAACUCUGUCCAAUGAAGAGCACUUUCAGGAACCAGACUGCUCGCCAGAAGCUCAGCCCAAGUAUGUCAGAGGUGGCAAGCGUUAUGGACGAAGGUCCUUGCCUGAAUUUCAAGAAUCUGUGGAGGAGUUUGCAGAGGUGACAGUGAUCGAGCCCCUAGACGAAGCGCGGCCCUCGCACAUCCCAGCUGGUGACUGCAGUGAGCACUGGAAGACGCAGCACAGCGAGGAGUAUGAAGCAGAAGGUCAGUUACGGUUUUGGAACCCAGAUGACUUGAAUGCCUCACAGGGUGGGUCCUGUCCUCCCCAAGACUGGAUAGAAGAGAAACUGCAAGAGGUUUGUGAAGAUCUGGGGAUCACUCGCGAUGGUCACCUGAACCGGAAGAAGCUAGUCUCCAUCUGCGAGCAGUACGGUUUGCAGAAUGUCGAUGGAGAGAUGCUUGAGGAAGUAUUUCACAAUCUUGAUCCCGAUGGAACAAUGAGUGUAGAGGAUUUUUUCUAUGGUUUGUUUAAAAAUGGGAAAUCCCUUACACCAUCAGCAUCUACUCCUUACAGACAACUGAAGAGGCACCUCUCUAUGCAGUCUUUUGAUGAAAGUGGACGUCGUACGACGACCUCAUCGGUGAUGACAAGCACCAUUGGCUUCCGGGUCUUCUCCUGCCUGGAUGAUGGCAUGGGCCAUGCAUCUGUGGAGAGAAUACUUGACACUUGGCAAGAAGAGGGCAUUGAGAACAGCCAAGAAAUCUUAAAGGCCUUGGAUUUCAACCUUGAUGGAAACGUCAACUUGACAGAAUUGACUCUGGCUCUUGAAAAUGAGCUUUUGGUCACCAAGAAUGGCAUCCACCAGGCAGCCCUGGCCAGCUUUAAGGCUGAGAUCCGGCAUUUAUUGGAACGAGUUGAACAAGUGGUCAGAGAAAAAGAGAAGCUACGCUCAGACCUGGACAAAGCUGAGAAACUCAAGUCCCUGAUGGCUUCGGAAGUGGACGAUCACCAUGCAGCCAUAGAAAGGCGAAACGAGUACAACCUCAGGAAACUGGAUGAAGAGUACAAGGAGCGCAUAGCAGCCUUGAAGAAUGAGCUCCGAAAAGAAAGAGAGCAGAUCCUGCAACAGGUGGGCAAGCAGCGUCUAGAACUCGAGCAGGAAAUUGAGAAGGCAAAAACGGAAGAGAACUACAUCCGGGACCGCCUUGCUCUCUCUUUAAAGGAAAACAGUCGUCUGGAAAACGAGCUUCUGGAAAAUGCAGAGAAGCUGGCAGAGUACGAGAAUCUGACAAACAAACUUCAGCGGAAUUUGGACAACGUGUUAGCAGAAAAGUUUGGUGACCUUGAUCCCAGCAGUGCUGAAUUCUUUCUGCAAGAGGAGAGGCUGACGCAGAUGAGGAGCGAGUAUGAGCGGCAGUGCAGGGUAUUACAAGACCAAGUAGAUGAACUCCAGUCUGAGUUGGAAGAAUAUCGUGCACAAGGCAAAGUGUUCAAGCUCCCCGUGAAGAACUCACUGUCAGAAGAACUGGAUGUUAGCAACAGUGGCCUUGAGCCCGAUCAGGGGCUUGAGUCUGAAGAGUGUAAUCCAUUGAAUAUGAGCAUCGAGGCAGAGCUGGUGAUCGAACAGAUGAAAGAGCAACACCACAGGGACUUGUGUCGCCUGAGACAGGAGCUGGAGGAUCAAGUGCACCAUCACGAAGAGCAGCUGGCUGAGGCCCGGGCCACCUGGGAAAAGGAGCAGGAGACCGUGAAGGAAAAGUAUGAGCAUGGAAGGCACGCCUUGGAAGAACAGAUAAGUGACCUGAGAAGGGAAAUCGUAGAACUGCAGGGGCAGGCGGAGGUGCUUAAGGACACACACCACGAGACCUGCCACAGGCAGGAGGAGGAGAAGAAACAACUGCACACAGCGUUUGAGGAGGAAAAGACUCGCCUUCGGGAGGAGCUGAGGCUGCAGCAUGAGCUGGAGCUCCAGGCCCGGCUGCAGCAGGCGGAGGAGGGCUUCAGCCAGGAGAAGGAAGGACUCCAGAGCAGUGCCUGGACGGAGGAGAGGGUGCGCGGCCUGCUGCAGGACCUGGAGCGGGCGCACCGGGAGCAGCUGCAGAACCUAGGGGAGAAGCACGAGCUUGAGAAAGAGGAGCUGAGGCGAGAGCUCUUGGAAAAGCACCAAAGGGAACUUCAGAAGGGACGGGAAGAGAUGGAAACAGAGUGUAAUAGAAGAGCCUCUCAGAUAGAAGCCCAGUUUCAGGCUGACCGUGAGAGAGUCACUGCGAGGUGUGAGGACGCGCUGCAAAGCCUGGAGGGCCGCCACCGCCUCGAGCUGCAGGACCUGCAGGAACAGUGGCGGGAGGAGAGGUCCCAGUGGGAGUUCGAGAAGGAUGAGCUGGCCCAGGAGUGCACCGAAGCCCAGGAACGGCUGAAGGAGACACUACAGCGAGAGAAAGCGACCUCUCUGGUCCUCACCCAAGAGAGGGAGAUGCUGGAGAAGACGUACAAAGAACACCUGAACAGCAUGGUGCUGGAGAGACAGCGGCUGCUGCAAGACCUGGAAGACCUCCGCAAGGUGUCCGAGAGCCAGCGGAGCCUGCUGUCCGGCCAGAUCCUUGAGCUGAAGAGCAGUCACGAGCGAGAACUGCGGGACCGAGAGCAGGUGCUAAGCCAGGCGGGGCCCCCGGAGCAGCUGGCCAGCGGGCGGCUGGAGAGGCUGCGUGAGGAACGUGACCGGGAGAAGCAGGAAAUGCUGAGCAGGCUCGCAGCCGUGGAGAGCGCGCACCGCGCCACCCAGGAGACGGCAGAGCGCCAGCGGGCGGAGAUGGGCGACCAGAUCCGCAGGCUCCGAGAGGAGGUACAGGACCUGCGGCGGGCAGCAUCUCCCGCCUCCCGGCUUCUUGGCGGCUGCCAGGCCAGCGGAGGGGAGAAGGCCGAGGGAGAUGGAGCCCUGUCCCUGGUUCAGCAAGGGGAGCAGCUGCUGGAGGAAAACGGAGACGUCCUCCUGAGCCUGCAGAGAGCCCACGAGCGCGCAGUGAAGGAAAAUGUGACAAUGGCCAAUGAGAUUUCCAGAUUGCAGCACAGGCUGCAAAAACUAGAGCCGGGGUCGCUAAUGUCGUCCUGUCUAGAGGAGCCAGCUACUGAGCUUUUUGGAAACUGUGCAGAGCACUCAGAGCCUUUUUUGUUGCAAAACCAAAGGAAGCGACUAGAAGGUGGAACCAUGAGUCGAACCCUAAGUGAUCUGCAAGUCGGUGAGGUGGGCGACCUGGGAAGUACAGGGACAAGCUCAGCUCCGAGACAGGGCCUCAAAACUGAAGAGUCUGAAGCCUCCAUGGAGAGUUUUUCCGAGCUUGAGAACAGUGAAGAGACCAGGACUGAAUCCUGGGAUCUAAAAAAUCAGGUUAGUCAGCUUCGGCAGCAGCUAGUGAUCUUACGUGCAGACUGUGACCGGGCCUCUGAAAAGAAGCAGGACCUGCUUUUUGAUGUUUCUACAUUAAAAAAGAAACUGAAGAUGCUCGAGAGAAUCCCGGAGGUGUCUCCCCAGUACAAGCUGUUGUACGAAGACGCUAGCAGAGAGAACGCCUGCCUUCAGGAAGAGCUGAGAGUGAUGGAGACUCGCUACGACCAGGCUCUGGAAAGCAACAGAGAACUCACCACAGAAGUGUUCCGGUUGCAGGAUGAGCUAAAGAAAGUGGAGGAAGUGACUGAAACGUACCUUAGCCUGGAAAAGAGUUACGAGGAGGUCACAACAGAAAACAAAGAGCUGAAUGUUCUGGUUUUGAGGCUCCAAGGGAAGGUUGAGGAGCUGCAGGAAAGAGCAGCCCUGCAGUGUGGCUCUUCCUCCUUCUGGGAAGCCUCUUUGGACGACCUGGAAGUCAAAGCUGCAGAACAGGUUCUAGAACUGGGUCAGAGGCUGGAAAAGUGCAUGCCCAAAGUUAUGAGAGUAGGCCACAUCAGAGAAGAAUGUAAACAAGGAAACCAGUGCCUUGAGCAAAGAACCACGCAGCUCUUGGAAAAGGCCAAAACACAUGAAAUUUCCUUGUUGCACAGAACAGUCGGGACACAUCAAGAAAAGCCCAGAAUGCAGAAUCAGGUUAUCCUAGAGAGAAACUCUGCUCUCCUGGUCCAAGACAAACAUUUUCAACGUCAGGCCACAAUAGCAGAGUUAGAAUUAGAGAAACAAAAGCUUCAGGAGCUGACUAGAAAGCUGAGGGAGCGAGUCACUACAUUAGUUAAGCAAAGAGAUGUCCCUUGUCCAGCGGAGAAAGAGGAAGAGCUGAAGGCCAUGAUGCAUGACCUGCAAAGCACAUGCAGUGAGAUGCAGCAGAAAGUUGAAGUUCUGAGAUAUGAAUCUGAAAAGCUUCAAGAGGAAAAUUCUAUUUUGAGAAGUGAAAUUACUACUUUAAAUGAAGAAGAUAGCGUUUCUAACGUGAAAUUAAAUGGAUCUCAGGAAGAACUGUGGCAGAAAAUAGAAACUGUAGAACAGGAAAAAGUGGAAAUUCAGAAGAUGGUUGAAACUUUGAAGAAACAGAUUUCAGAUUUGAAAAUCAAAAACCAACAGUUGGAUUCAGAAAAAACAGAACUUAGCCAAAAGAAUUCUGAAAACCAGGAAGAACUGCAAGAACUUAAUCAGCGUCUGGCAGAAAUGCAAUGCCAGAAGGAGCAAGAGCCAGGAAACAGUACAUUCAAGGAAUGGGAACAGGAAAAGUCUAAUCUGAAAAAAGAGCUGGAACACUAUAAAGUACAGUCUUCCACUUUAGUGUCUUCCCUGGAGGCAGAACUUUCUCGAGCGAAAAUACAGACCCACACUGUGGAGCAGGAAAACCUCCUUCUCAAAGAGGAACUUGAAAAAAUGAAACAGCUGCACCGAGGUCCUGAUCUCUCGGACUUCCAGCAAAAAAUUUCUAGUGUUCUAAGCUACAAUGAAAGACUGCUGAGAGAAAAAGAAGCUCUAAGUGAAGAACUACAGAGCUGCGUGGAUAAGUUGGCGAAAUCAAGGCAUUUAGAGCACAAAAUUGCUGCCAUGAAGCAGGAACAUAAGUCUUGGGAGCACCAGAAUGAGAGCCUGAAGUCCCAGCUGGCGGAUUCACAGGAAAAGGUUCGGGAUCUAGAAGAUACGCUGCAGAAUAUCAACCUCCAACUGUCUCGAGUCAAAUCCGACCUUCAGGGGACUCAGCAGGAGAAGGAAGCUUUAAAACAAGAAGUAAUAUCUUUACAAAAACACCUUCAGAGUGCUGGUGACAAGAACUGGGCCCCAGAAACAGCCACGCAUCCAUCAGGGCCCCAGAGCCAACAGAAACAGCUGUCUUGGGAAAAGCUGGAUCACUUGAUGAAUGAGGAGCAGCAGCUGCUCUGGCAGGAGAACGAGAGGUUCCAGAGCGUGGUGCAGCACACCAAAGCAGAGCUCUCACACUCCAGGGAGAAGGUCCGUCAACUGGAAUCCAGCCUUCUUCCCCUUAAGCACCAAAAACAUUUAAACCCAUCAGGUACGGUGAAACUUACAGAGCAAGAAAAGUUGAACUUAAAGAGGGAGUGUGAAGAGUUUCAAACAGAACCAUCUCCCUCUCAGAAGAAGGUCAGUCAGAUGAAUGCCCUUGAAAGCGAAUUAGAAACAAUUCAUUUGGAAAAUGAAGGCCUGAAAAAGAAACAAGUGAAACUGGAUGAGCAGCUAGUGGAGAUGCAGGAUCCGAGGUCCACUGUGAUGCAUAGCCCGUCCGCGCCUUGGGACCUGCAGCCGCUCCAGCAGCAAGCCUGCCCAGUGGUCCCCAGGGAGCACUUUCUGCAGCUUCAGCACCAGCUGCUGCAGGCGGAAAGGAGAAACCAGCACCUGCAGGAGGAGCUUGACAACAGGGCCUCCAAUACCAACAUGCCACAGGGAAGCCAGGAACAACUGGUAACACUCAUGGAAGAACGCAUGAUAGAAGUUGAACAGAAACUCAAACUAGUGAAGAGGCUUCUUCAAGAGAAAGUGAAUCAGCUCAAAGAACAACUCUGCAAGAAUACUAAAGCAGAUGCAGUGGUGAAGGAUUUGUAUGUUGAAAAUGCUCAGUUGUUGAAAGCUCUGGAAAUGACUGAACAGCGGCAGAAAACAGCAGAGAAGAAAAAUUAUCUCCUAGAAGAGAAGAUUGCCAACCUCAGUAAUAUAGUCAGGAAUCUGACACCAGCACCCUUGACUUGUACACCUCCUCUGAGGUCAUAGCCACACCAAAACAUGCACUCGUAUAUGUGCACUUUGCUGAAAUAGGUCAAACAUGUCAGUGGGUUCCCUUAAUCCUCUUUAAAAAAAUAAAGGAAACCUUUUAAGGGCUUAAAAUUAAAACUAAGCCUAAGUCUGCCAGCACCAGAAUUGGAGUCUCCAUUCAUCAUAGCUAGUUUUUAAAAUAGACUCUUGUGGGAAUUCCAACAAUCACAUAUUUCACUGUUUAUUCAGAAGCUCUGGAUUUAUUUUUUUUUUAAGUAGCUACCAAGAAGAUAAAUAUGUAAAACAACUUCAGAACCUUAAAAUCCCAUUUCAGUGUAUUUUUUUAGAAGUCACUAUUAUAUACCAACUGUGUAGAGUCUGGAUAUUUUCUGAGUUUAAGACCUGAUUAGAAUGAUUAUUAACCUUAUUUUAAAAUCAAAUUUAGGUGUUACACAUAUAAACACUGAAAAGUCAUUCUGGUUGUAAUAGUUUGGGGUUUUUAUUUUUAAUUAAUUGGUAGAGUGUAAUUCUAUCUGAUAAGACUGGGCAUGGUAACCAGUGAGGUCAGGAAAGCCCAAGUUUGUAGAACUCUGCCUUCUGACACCUGCUUCUACUUGUGAUGUAUUAUAGAUUUAAAACUCAUACACUUAAACUAUAGUUGAGUAUCUCUACCCUUGAUGUAUUAUAGAUUUAGAACUGAUUGACUCAACUGCACUCUUCACUAAUGUUAAAGCUUUACUUUCUUUAAACAGCCUUUUUCUUCCUCCUCUUAGAAGUUUCACUUGGGACCUUGUCUUCUACGAAAUGGAUAAAGCCACAUUCUUAAAGCCUCUGAACUAUAGGGAGAGCAACGAACAAACCACCUUGGAGUGAACAGCCACUCUUGAAGAGAGACAUGCAGACCAUGGGGGUUCUUCUGUGUCUAAGGUCUUGGAAUUCAUGGACUGACCUUUGAGGAUGCCUCAAGAACUCAGGGAACAAUCCUUUAGACUCUUCCUGAACUACUGUUGGGCUUCUCUAAGAAUUUGGAAUGUAUAAACUGUGUGACCUUAUUUAUUUGUUUUGUAUAUUUACAGCCAUAGAAUUAUUUCUCCAUUUUAGUGCAUUUAAUCAUCUGAAAAAGGCCUUGAUCUUUAGAGGUGAAAAUUUCUUCUAACUUAUAGAAGAGUUUUUAUUGUUUAAGACAGGUCCAAUUCUCUGUGCUUCUUACCUUUCUAUACCUCACAUCUGAUUGCAGGAGUUUCUUCUGUGAUAAGCAUUGGCAUGCCAUCUGUGGGAAAGGAGUACAAAAUAGGACUUGCCAUCCAUUUCCAAGAUAAGAAUUUACGGCACAGAAAUAAUUUAGACUGGAUACCACCACCUGCCUCAUCCCAAUUACAAUCUCCACUUCUAGCCUACUCCCUCCAGCAGUUAGUGGACUUACAAGGUGCAGGACAACUACCAAAGCUCAUCCGUCACAUCCACCUACUUGUUACAUAAGAAAAUUUCACUUUGAUAUAUUCCAGGAAGGUCAAACCCACCUAUUUACAGGAGGUAUAGACAGAAGAACCAAACACUGCUUUAUCAGCAAAAAACACGAGGUAAAGCAAACUGCCUACAAAGUCACACAGCAUCCGAACUUCAAUCUCAACAAAACAAUUUCCAUCAAGGAACUUCUUCCUCAGGGCCUAACCACCCGCUGUCAGUCUAGAAAUCCUCACCACACAAGUCCCUGACAAGGCCCUACUGCUCAUGGGAGUAGUAGUUCAAACUGGUGAAGGAGACAGUUGAACUUUUGCAUAUCCCUUGGAAAAAGAAUUUAAUUCUUCCCUAUAAUUGCUCUUCAAAAUAUUUGACAUCUGCUAUUAUGUCUUCUCUAAAUCUUUCUUUUCCGGUAUAUACAUUCCUACCAUGUAAACUCAAUUACUUGUAUGGCACUGGCUUUAAUAGGAAAUUUUUCCAUUUAAAAUUGUGGAUGGGCCGCCGGGCGUGGUGGUGCACGCCUGUAAUCCCAGCACU